AGAUGCAUCCCCACUCAUAGUCAUAGACAGGAAUGCCCACGAGAAAUACUAUUUAUGACUAUUCAAAUAUCCUGAGAAUUUAAACGCGUGGAGGACAACCUGGGAACUUUUUGUCCGAUCUGUAACUGUGUCGUGGUUUGUUGUGAUUUUUUUCCCCUCCCCGUGUAUUUCUGUCCCUUCAUGCCAACUGCGUAGGUGCGAGUUGUUUCACUUAUAGACGUAGAGAAAAGCCCGCAGGGGAUCGCAUGCAGUUCGUUUGGAUCAUUUAUUGUUAUUUUGAGGAUCGGUUUUCCUUACACGGAUGGCUGUUUCCCAGCUCAGUUCGCCGAGAGCACGGCCAGGAAGGAGCCGAACCCACAUGCCCUGGCUUUUGUUUCUCUGGAGCGAGCUCUAACUCACAACCUGUUCGGAGCCUAGGCCAGGGACCAGAAGUCUCAGCCAGGUCGUCCCUCCUGGCGGCCGAGGCCCAAGCGCUCAGCUCAGGCAGGUGCCUGUCUCCACCCGCCGGCCCCCGAUGCCCCGCAAGUCCAGCGGUUCCCGAAGGCUUGGGGCCGGGGCCCUUCCUCCAGGCGCCGAAAGCCCGGCGGGAGGUGGUUUUUCCAGCGGAGCGAGCGCAUCCGCCGGGCCGCCGCCAGGCCUCCCGGGGCCAGAGGUGCGCUGCCGGGCUCGGGUCCCAGGAGCUCACGAACUUUACGGGCAGAGAUGCAGCUUGCACCCGGGGCGUCCCGCACCCGCGCCUCGGAGUCCAUCCGUCCCCUGCCCUCCCCAGCCUCUCCGCCCAGAGCGACCUGGCCGCCGGCGUUCUCCCGGGAGGUGGUCGGCAGACUGCCGGGCAUUGUGUGAUCCACGUCCCUAGGUCCCCAAUGUGUGUGGCAGUCUGCGUGACAGAUGGUGCUCCGGGAGCGUCCUCCAAAAUGAUGCUGAGUCCGGACCAAGCCGCCGACUCAGAUCACCCCAGCUCGACGCACUCGGACCCGGAGUCUCUGGGCGGCGCAGACGCCAAGGUGCUGGGCAGCGUGUCGGACCUCGAGCCGGUGGAGGAGGCCGACGGCGACGGCAAGGGCGGCAGCCGAGCCGCGCUCUACCCGCACCCGCAGCAGCUGAGCCGCGAGGAGAAGCGCCGCCGCCGGCGCGCCACGGCCAAGUACCGCUCGGCCCACGCCACUCGCGAGCGCAUCCGCGUGGAGGCCUUCAACCUGGCCUUCGCCGAGCUCCGCAAACUGCUGCCCACGCUGCCCCCGGACAAGAAGCUCUCCAAGAUCGAGAUCCUGCGCCUGGCCAUCUGCUACAUCUCCUAUCUCAACCACGUCCUGGACGUGUAGGCGAGGGGGACGCCGCGGGAGGCCGCCGGUCCGGGUGUCUGGUCCGCCAAAGGCGACACACCCAGACUGCCAGGCCUGAGGGUCGCCCACAGACACCUGAACGCAGGGGAAAAGCUUGCAGUCUGUUCUCUCUGGCCAGCAAGGCAACAGGGGAAUGUUUGCGAGCCUGGGAGGUGGGGUUGGACAGAAAGACCUGGGGCUUGCAGGGGUAUUUUCCUGGCUGGAAGAACCUUCUGGAGGCACCUAGGGUGAGUUGCUCCUGGGCCUCUCCUUGGUGUAUUAGGAUCGAUCCCUUAAGGGUGGUUGCGGUAACCCACUGGAGGCUCUGCGUUCCCCUAUAUUUAUAUCCCAUACAUCUUCAUGUUUUGAAAGAUUGAGGGCAGAUGCUUAACCCAGGCUGAUAGCUUUGGACUCUGACUAUCCGGGAUUUUUCUAACUAAGAAAUCACCAAACCUUGGGGAGAAAGAAAAGAUGAAAAUCUUUUCCCUAUAGAGAUUAAGACACAGAACGGUGUCCCAGCAAACUUUCUGUUACCUUGUCAAAUGAAAAAAUCACAUUCGAAUACAGAUAAAAUUCUGAAUUUUUGGUGUUGUUUAAAAAAAAAAAAAAGAUGCAUU